CGUUCUAAAUGCGCAGGCGCUGAAGAUGUGAUCAAUUUAACACAGAAGAACUCAUGACGCGGUAGUAGGGACAGCUUGAAAAUUGCUCAGUUUGCAGAGAAAAUGGCAGUGGAGAAACGGCUUGCGUUCUCUAUUGUGCAGUUUCUGCGAGAUCAAACACACUGUGGAGCUUUGAAUUCUGAUGAACAGGAAAGCCUGGAAGUCGCAAUCCAAUGUCUGGAGACCACCUUUAGGAUCAACUCCAGUGAUUGCCACCUUGCUGUGCCACAACCUCUGACAGAGAUAUUCCUAAAUUCUCUUCUGAAGAACGACAACUUGACGGUACCAGAGACAUCUCCUUCCCCUGCGGACAUUGAAAGAGCAGAGCAGCUGAAAAAUGAAGGAAAUAACCAUAUGAAGGAAGAGAAUUACAGCUGUGCUGUGGACUGCUACACAAAAGCCAUUGACCUGGACCUAAGAAAUGCUGUAUACUACUGUAACAGGGCUGCAGCUCACAGCAAACUGGGCCACUACACAGAGGCCACAAGUGACUGUGACAGAGCCAUAGGCAUCGACCCCAGCUACAGCAAAGCGUACGGAAGAAUGGGCUUGGCCCUGACUGCCACAAACAAGUAUCCAGAAGCCAUUUCCUACUUCAAAAAAGCUUUGGUGUUAGAUCCGGAAAAUGACACGUACAAGUCCAAUCUGAAGAUCGCAGAGCAGAAGCAGAAAGAAGCCGUCAGUCCAACUGUCACUGGGUUGGGAUUUGAUAUGGCCAGCCUCAUCAACAACCCCGCUUUCAUCAGCAUGGCUGCCAGCGUGAUGCAGAACCAACAAGUGCAACAGCUAAUGUCAGGAAUGAUGUCGAAUGCAGUCGGAGGGUCGGCAGCAGGGGUGGGCGGAUUGUCAGACAUUUCCAGCUUGAUCGAAGCCGGACAACAGUUUGCCCAGCAGAUCCAGCAGCAGAACCCGGAGCUGAUAGAACAGCUGAGGAACCAUAUCCGGAGUCGUUCUUUCAGCGGCAGUGCUGAGGAACACUCCUGACUCUUGUGGCAAUACAGAGGAAGGGGACCAUAUGACGUGAUUACAAUCUCUACACCCAUUCCUUAAACUCACAUCACCGGAAGGGCUGGACUGAAGAGACGGAGAUGCAAUUGAUGGCACUUUACUGUGACUGGGGCUUUGGGUAGAGGAGGAGGAAACGGAGCAACCUACACAUUCUAGAUAUACGAUCGUAAGA